CUUUCUUUCACCUCAAGUUAAAUAUCUGUCUGAUGUUUGUUUGACUCUCUAUCAAGAUGGAGCUGUCCAUAAUCAUUCUUGCCCUUACCGUUGUUCUCUCAACUGAUGCUGGAUUUGUUCAUGAAGAUUUCGCAAUUACAAUAUGCUCUGAUACGGAAGCAGAAAAAAUGUAUGGAUUUGAUAACGAGGAGUUGUGGCAUGCUGACUUUAAUCAGAAGAAAGGAGUAGAAACAUUACCUGAUUUUGGAGAUCCUAUGUCAUUUCCCGGAUUUUUUGAACGAAGUGUUGGAGAUAUGGCAAUAUUGAGAAGUAGUUUAGCCAUUUACAUUAAAGCUUUCAAGAGUCCGCCGCCAGAAAUGGAUGCACCCGAGACUUCCAUCUAUCCAGAGGAUGAUGUGCAGCUGGGUUUUCAGAACACCCUCAUCUGUCAUGUGACUGGCUUCUAUCCUCCAUCUGUCAGCAUCUCAUGGACUAAGAACAAUGUUAAUGUGACAGAGGGCAUGAGUUUAAGCCAGUACCGUCCAAUGAAUGGUGGUACUUUUAACAUAUUUUCCACUCUUAAGUUUACACCAGGUGAAGGAGACAUUUACAGCUGCACUGUGAACCACAGAGCCCUCCAGGGUCAACCUCAGACCAAAACAUGGGAUGUUGAUGUAGCUCUCCCAGGUGUUGGUCCAGCUGUGUUCUGUGGAGUGGGUCUGACUCUUGGGCUGCUGGGAGUCGCAACGGGAACCUUCUUCCUUGUUAAAGGAAACAACUGCAACUGAAUCAUGGAAGCAAACUAUGCGAAGCUCUCUUAAUUGAAUUGCAGCGAAGCAAUUUAAAAACAAUGCUAUUGUGCACUUGUGUGUCACUCAUGGCACAAAACUAUUGUUAAUGUUAAAGAUAGAUAAAUGCUAAAAUUUGGAAGGUUUAAAAGACUUUAAUUGUAAUAUUAAAAAAAAGUUAGUGGAUGUUACAUUUACAGAUCACUUUGCAAUUUGUAUAAUAAGUACUGUACUAAAAACACUUUCUCAAUGUUUCCUUUAGAUGUAGUUUCCUUCUGGGUGAAUUUAAAUCUUUCAUGUAAAAUUAAAACAUAUAUAAAUUAAACAUACAUUUGAAAAUGAGGUAGAAUUUAUGAUGUAAUUUUUGUAAUGAAUUAAAAUCAAUUUACUAUUAGUAAAUAAUGCCCUUUGUAUUUUAUGAUAUGCAUCAAAUAAAUGAGAAUUG